UCAUUGAACAAGAAAAACAUAUUGCAAUCCUGCAUGCAGAGACGGAAGAACUACGAAAGUACAACAAAAUAAUGGUAGAAAAACUAAAUAUCGCUCUCAAAGCUAUCUCCAACAUUCAACAUAUAGUCCUUGACGAAAUACACCCCGUCCACAUAAUUCCAAUUCCUAAACUUAAUAUGCUCGACGCAAUCGACUCUUUAGAAGAUGGCACAGAG